AUUCCGACCUAAAACCCUUCUUUUCCCCCAAUUAGCUAACCCUUUAUUCCAUGGCGGCGGAGCUAUAGGGCAUAGGCUGCCUGCAACUCCGACCUUCUCGUCGAUUGUUUUUUUCUUUUUGCAGGUUGUAUUGGCAAAGAGCAUGCCUAAUUUCGCAUCUGCGUCAUCUGAAAGCUUAUUCGACUACGGUCCUAGGGUUCGGGCUUCCUUGAAGAAACCUAAUUUGAACCAGAACUCGCCUGAUCCGACGCGGAGGGACGGGGCUCCGAGACACCUGUACAUAUCGCCGGCGCUGUACGUUACUCCGAAGCAGUCUCCCAUACCGGAGUCUCCCUCGCCGGGACCGAUUUCGCCCUCCCCUUACGUCGCUAACCACAAGCGCCGCCGCGGUAAGGUCGAGACGAGAAGAGCUGAUCCGGCCGCAGUUGUGGAUUUCGUGUCGGGAAACGAUGGGGACGAGCUCAACUUGGAGGAGGCCGUGGGAGACAAUUUCGGCAACGACACGUUGACUGAAAACGACGAUGAUGAUAAGGAUGAAGAACACAACGAGGAAGAAGAAGAAGAAGAAGAAGAAGAAGAAGAAGAAGAAGAAGAAGCAGAAGCAGCAGAAGCAGAAGGCGAAGGAUUUCUGGAUCCGCUGAUUGAGGCUAAUGAUUUGGGUGCCGAAAGCCAACCAGAGAGCCGCAGCUUAGUCUCUGCUCAAGGAGAUUACUUUGAUGCCAACGAUGACUUUUCCUCGGAUAGUUCCAAUUCGAACGUACCUUCUAACAGUUCUAGAAUUGAAUCGGAAUUGCAUUCGAUUAAGGUCAGUAUUGUUGAUGAAAUAGAGAGGAGAAAAGUAGCGGAGGACGCGUUGAUGCUCAUCAGGAGUCGAUGGGAGAGUGUUUGUAAUCUUGUGUCCAACGCCGGGCUUACGUUUCCAGCACCUCCGGCUAUUGUGAGUGCACAGCUUGACAAGGAUGCAAUCGAUCAGUGUAUGCAGGAAGUUGUCGUUAGCAGGUUUGUAGCUGAAGCAAUAGGAAGGGGUGAAGCACGAGCUGAAGCUGAAGAAGCUGCUGCAAUGAUUGUUGAGUCGAAAGAUCAGGAACUGUUGCGGCUACGUGAUAGACUGCAGUACUAUGAGACUGUUAAUCAUGAGCUGUCCCGGAGAAAGCUCGUGGAGGUUGCACAACGACAACAGCUGAGGCGGCGGCAGCGUAGGUGGCUAUGGGGCUUUAUGGGGUUGUCCAUUGCGAUCGGAGCUUCAUUCAUCGCGUACUCAUACAUCCCACAUAGAGGUACGCUUCCAUCAUCCUCGGAAUCUGGUGAUGCGACAGAUGCUUCCUGCAUCAGUCCCUCCGAUACACCAUAAACGGGUUGGGGUAGCUCACCCUUGCCAUACCUCUUGUUAAAAUCGUCCGACUCGCCCUUCCGUAGAGGGUCGAAGUUAGAGUUUCAUAGGGUUGAAUAGUGUUAGCUGUAGUACAUAUAAAUGCAAUGCAUAGAGUAGUAGUAUUCUGUCGAAACUAUUGUGAGGUUUGUUGUAUUA